AUGCAUGAGGAGACCGAGUAUCCAGUAGAUCCACAUCAGACUUAUAUUAGGCACCUCACUACGCACAGCAACGAGGAUGCCGUGGAUUGGGAGCCCGGGGACGUGUAUGCUCUUGAUGGUGAGAUUCUGGACUCCGAAGAUCUCCCGGAGAACCCUAGUCCCGAACCCGAGCCCGUACCAGAAUCUAUAGCAACUGCGGAUCUCGAGCUCGAAGAGGAAUUUGAGGAGUCCGAACCUGAAGAAGAGCCCGAACCUGUGCCAGAGCCCAUGGAGUUCGAGCCCGAGGAGGAGUCGGGUAACAAGGAAGAGCCGAUCGAGAUCAACUCUAACACAGAGUCAGAGUCUUCAGGGUCUGAUUCAGAUUGA